UGGAAAUCAUCUUGCGUAGCGCAUCUGUCUUGGCGCUGCUGUACAUGAGCUCCUGCAAUGUGUCAGACAAAUUCAGUGAUUUGUCCUCACACGGCUUUGUUUAUCUACCCGGUGCUCGUCCACUCUGUUUAAGCUGGAAAUUUUAACUAGAUUGAAAACUUACACACAAUGGGUGAACAUAGUUUGUGCUACUCCAGACUACACUAGUCUCCGUAUUUAACACAUCACAAAGUAGCAUUAAAGUCGAAUAGAUCAGGGGAGACCAUGGCACAGGUGGAGGAGCCUCAAACCGAAGGAGAGGGCAGCCCCCAGAUGAUCUCUCUAAGAUCAGACGCAUCAGGGAACCAUGUGGAUGACGGAGAAGUGGGACCCUCUCUAAGGAGGAAGAGGAGGAAGAAGAAAGACAUGCGUCCAGAGUCCAUUAUUGUCUACCGCUCUGAAAUGGAGAGGGCGCCUGGAGAGGACCAAGGCGGUGAGGAGGGAGCAGAGAGGAGCACUGAAGAGGGGGCGAAAUUCCUCUGCACACCUACAGGCGAAGGUGGAGGCUGGAACCUUCCUCCAGACAGCCGUUACGUGACCCUGACAGGCACCAUCACACGGGGCAAGAAGAAGGGUCAGGUGGUGGACAUACAUGUCACUUUGACAGAGAAGGAACUCAGGGAUCUGGCCAAGUCAAAGGAACGUCUUGAUGCAGAGUGUGAGGCGGGGGAAGGCUCAAAACGCACCUGCAGCUUAGGUGUGUGCCAGGGACCCCAUGUUGUCUUGUGGAGCAUCUCCUGUGCCCCUGUGAUUUUCCUCCUCUCCUUCAUCACCUCCUUCUACUACGGCACUCUCACAUGGUACAAUGUCUUCCUGGUGUACAAUGAGGAGCGGACGUUCUGGCACAAGAUUACAAUAUGCCCCUUCCUCAUCAUCUUCUACCCCAUGCUCAUCAUGCCCAUGGCGCUGUCUCUGGCUCUGUACUCUGCUGUGGUGCAGGUGUCCUGGGCCUUCAGCGAGUGGUGGCAGGCGGUACGAGACCUGGAGAAAGGCUUCUGUGGCUGGGCCUGUGGGAAGCUGGGGCUGGAGGACUGUUCCCCCUACAGCAUAGUGGAGCUGCUCGACUCUGACACUGUUUCUGGCACUCUGCAGAGCAAGGCCCCCAGUGAACUCGCCCAGACAUCAUCUGUGUGAAGCAGGGUGAUACUGAAGUCCAACGCUGAAGCACACAUUUUGAUUGAGAUUCAACACAUGAGUUUUGGUUCAGAAAUAGAGGACAAACGAGUGCCAGAAAGUUCAAGUUAGUCACAGAAAAGUGAGCUUAAAGGUUAAUUCUAUUUCAAGGUCCACUUACUCAACCACUUACUUGACUUACUGAGCAAACUCCAUCUGCAGGUGAAGGCCUUGAGAUUUUGCUGAAAGCUCCAGAAGAAACAAAUUUCAAGGAACUAUUGAUAAGAAUUUCUUGUCAGAAUAACAAGAGGGUAUUUUUAAGCUACUCCACUACGCUUUUCUGUAAAUGUUAACUUAUUAAACACUGCCUGAACUGUCCUAAGGGACUGAAAUAUUAUUACAGAGUUGUAAAGCAUUGAACUCUGAGUGUGGGAGUUGUUGUUAGGGGUCAUUUUUUAUUUACAGGUUGUUAUGGUUAUCACAGCUCUCCUCAGAUCAUUAAACGGCCUCUUUACUGAACAGCACUGCAAUUUGAAGAUUUUAUAGGUUUUAUACACAUAAACCUUGAUUCCUUCUGUUUUCAUAAACUGGCUGUUGACACUGAUACCUACAUUUGAGGCCUGCAAGUUAAAUCAAGUUUCAUUUCAUCUGUAAAUAUCUGUAAUUAAAUGUAUAUGAUCACUGUGCUGUGCACUGACAUCAAAAACAGCAUGCAUUUCAAAGGCGACAGUGUCUUGUAUGUGAAGUUACCAUGAUCACUGAGUAAAGUUAUAGCUGAAGCAAGGCUGGAAAACCAACUGGAGAAACUGGGCAACUGCGGCAGGGCCACAGAUCCAGGUCUAAUGUCUGUCAGUUACUUUGGAAAUCUGAUUGAUUACUAAGUUGAAAAGCAUUUGAAGAUGGGAAAUGUCUUGGUAAGAGAAUUUUAAGGGACAAUGCUGGCAUUACUCUAUAUUUUUCUUCUUGUCAACCAAAUCCAUGAAAAGACUGAAACCAAUCACGAAUCACAAAUCUAUGUUUCUAUAUAUUGUAACUUUUAAAAGAGGUGAAGUCGUUUCAUUAACAGCUGGCCACUGUCAUUUUUAUCAAAUGUCACCCAAACAGGAUUAAAUAGUACAUUUGUGGGGACAGUUUUUAGUUGUGCAUUAAUACAUAUUUAGUGGUUUAAUUAUUUUUUUUUUCAGCAGCAGGACUAUGAAUGUAGUCCUCUAAGUAAUCUGCAGUGUGUGUGAGUGUGUGCUCAUGGCAAUGACGGAAAUGUCAGCCAGUGCAACAGCGUGGCUUAUUGAUGUUUUUAAAAAAAUUUCUGGUGAGCAAUGAAAGACUAUGAUAACAGAGAGGAAUAAGCUAUGGUGGUGUUAACUGUUAGAGGGAUUACUCCAUUGUUGACGUUUGUCUUUCUAUAGGAUUUGCUGACAAAAAGAACAAAUAUAGAAUAUGCCCAGAUUUAUCCUUGGUGAAUAUUCUGAAGCACAUCAAAAGG